AUGUUCUUAUUGCAGCGGUUGGCCAUUGAAUCUUUCUUGAAAGGGUCUUCUGUAGUUGUGUGUGCACCAACUAGCAGUGGAAAAACUUUGAUUGGUGAAGCAGCAGCGCUUGCAACAGUUGCUAAAGGAAAACGAUUAUUGUAUACAACCCCUUUAAAGGCCCUCUCAAAUCAAAAAUUUCGUGAAUUCAGGGAGACAUUUGGAGAGAAAAAUGUGGGUCUUCUAACAGGAGAUGCAGCAGUAAACAGAGAAGCUCCAAUUUUAAUCAUGACCACAGAGAUCUUGCGCAAUAUGUUGUACCAAAGUGUCAACACAGUUUCUGAGGGAAGUGGAUUAGAGCAAGUGGAUUUCAUUGUUUUAGAUGAAGUCCAUUAUUUGAGUGACAUCUCUCGAGGAACUGUUUGGGAGGAGACGGUUAUUUACUGUCCAAAGGAAGUGCAACUAAUCUGCCUUUCUGCAACAAUUUCAAAUCCUGAAGAGCUAGCAGGAUGGAUUGGACAGGUGCAUGGUCCAACGGAUUUGGUAAUAUCAAAAAGGAGGCCAGUGCCAUUGACAUGGCAUUUUUCCAGGAAGAAAUCGUUGUCACAUCUACUAAAUCCAAAAGCUACAAACAUGAACAGGAGCCUAUCAAUUACAAGAUUUUUGCAGAAAAAUAGUUUGUUCUCAUAUGAUGAUGGGACUAAAAGACUUAAAGGUAGGAAGGCAGAGAAAAGGAGAUAUCAUAAGGAGAGUGCUAGUCAUGGAGACAUUUCAGAGUUGUCAGAGGAAGAUAUAAAAACUAUCCGCCGAUCACAAGUUCCCCUUGUCAGUGAUACCUUGAUGCAUCUUAGGACCAGGGACAUGCUUCCUUCUAUUUGGUUUGUGUUUAGCAGAAAGGGUUGUGAUGAUGCUGUUCAAUACCUUGAAGAUUCUGGGCUUCUUAAUGAUGAGGAGCAACUCAAGGUUGAUUCAGCAUUGAAGGAAUUUCAGGCACAGUAUCCAGAAGCUGUGAGGGAGAAUGCUGUAAUGUAUCUUCUGCAAGGCGUUGCUGCUCAUCAUGCAGGAUGCUUGCCACUUUGGAAGUCUUUCAUUGAAGAACUAUUUCAGCAGGGUCUAAUUAAAGUUGUUUUUGCAACUGAGACACUUGCUGCAGGCAUAAAUAUGCCUGCGAGGACAACUGUUCUUUCAUCUGUUAGCAAGAGGGGAGACAAUGGACACUCCCUGUUAAGUUCAAAUGCACUUCUUCAGAUGGCUGGCAGAGCUGGAAGAAGAGGUAUUGACAAGGAGGGGCAUGUGGUUCUUGUUCAAACUCCAUUUGAAGGAGCAGAGGAAUGUUGCAAACUUCUUUUUGCUGGUCCUGAUCCACUUGUUUCACAAUUUUCUGCUUCAUAUGGAAUGGUUCUAAAUCUUCUAUCGGCUAAAAGAUUGACUCCCAAUGAUCAGCAUCCUAAUGGGAGCAAUGCAGUUCAUAUGGGGCGCACGUUGGAAGAAGCCCGGGCAUUAAUUGAGCAAAGUUUUGGUAAUUAUGUCAGUAGUGAGGUCAUGAUAGCAGCAAAAGAUCAACUUGAGAAGAUGCAAAGGGAAAUAGAAAAUCUGGAACUGGAAAUUAGUGAUGAAACACUUUAUGAAAAUAUAAAAGCCAAAUUGUCAAAAGAGGAAAGUUCAAUUUUUUUUGUUCUGCUGGAACAGCUGAAGGCUAUGAGGCUAGAACGUUUAAGGGCACACCAACAGAUGGAGCGUGUGAGAGUAUCAGCAUUGAAGCCUUUACUAGAGAAGUCAUCAGGAGAACAGAUUCAUUUUAUUUGCUUGCAAUACAAUGACAAAAAUAAAACAAAGCACUCUGUUCCAGCACUUUUUGUUGGCAAGAUCAACACAUCAUCAUAUAUUGGAUUAGAAAGUAAGAUGGAGGAAUGGUAUCCUAACAAUGAUGACAUAGAUCAAUAUGGCGAAGCAAUAAGUGAUGAAAUGGAUGUAUCAGACAAUUUGAAUGGUUUGGAAGAACAGGACUUAGUGGUGUCUUAUUAUGUUGCAUUAGGCUCAGACAAUACAUGGUACCUUUUUACUGAAAAAUGGAUUAAAGCAAUAUAUAAGAGUGGCUUACCUGAUGUUCCUCUCGUUCCUGGUGACCCUCCUUCCAGAGAAAUAUUAAAGAAGAAACUUGAGGAGGUAAAUACUGCAUGGGAAAAAGUGGGAAAAUCACAAUAUGGUGAUUUAUGGCGUGCUGAAGGAGCAAUUGACACAUGGUCAUGGAGCUUAAAUGUGCCCCUUUUGCAUAAUCUUUCUGCUGAAGAUGAGAUAAUAAUGCCAAAAGAAUUUAUUGAAGCACAGAGGACUUACAGAGAAGGCAAGAAACUUAUAAAUACUUUUCAAAGAAGGUUGAGAAGUACAGAAUGGUAUAAAGAAUUUCAGAGGCUAUCAGAUUUAAAUCAUGUACAAAAGGAAAAAAUUGAACGCUUAAAAGCAAAAGCAAGCCGUAUUAAAGCACGAAUAAGUCAAAUUGAACCAACUGGAUGGAGAGAUUUUCUCCAGGUUGGUGAAGUUCUACAUGAGGCACAAGCAUUAGAUAUAAAUACACAGCUCUUAUACCCAUUGGGAGAAACAGCAUCAAAAAUCCGUGGAGCAAAUGAGCUAUGGUUGGCAAUGGCUAUCAAAAACGAAUGUUUGAUUGGGUUGAAGCCAUCCCAGCUUGCUGCAGUUUGUGGAAGUCUUGUUUCCGAAGGGAUUAAAAUCCGUCCAACCAAAACUAGCAAUUAUGUUUAUGAAGUUUCAAAUGUAGUUGGCAAUGCCAUAGAAAUAUUGGAAGAGCAGCGUUCAUCACUCUUGCAGUUGCAAGCCAAACAUAGAGUGGAGAUUAGUUGCGACUUGGAUAUGCAGUUUGCAGGCAUUGUUGAGGCUUGGGCAUCUGGUUUGACCUGGAGAGAAAUUAUGAUGGAUUGUGGAGUAGAUGAUGGAGAUCUUGCUCGCCUUCUACGCCGCACUAUUGAUUUACUUUCUCAGAUACCAGUGCUACCAGAAGUUGAUCCCACUGUACAAAAAAGUGCAAAGCUAGCUGCUAGGAUGAUGGACCGAAGUCCAAUAAGUGAACUUGUUGGCUAAGUAUAAAAGAAGACAGAUGCUUCAACAAUGUUGCAGAUUGUGCAGUAAUUUAAUCCUUCUCUAAAUCCAGAUGAAGAAUGGUGGCCUUGUGUAAGAAAGAAUAAUGAAUUUUGCAUAGGAGAGGCAGGUUUAAUUCAUGUAUUUUUAAGUAUGUGCUAUCAGAGAUUUGCAAAUCUUUUUUUUUUAAUAUUUGUAAACUGAGUCAAUGUACAGGCCAAUUUAUAAAAUUAUUUUAUUUAAUUUAAUUAUGAUUCA